AUGGAAUCCACUAUUUCGUCAUUACCACAGGGGCAGGGGCAGCAGCAGCAACAAGGAGAUAUAGGGAGCAGCCAAGGAGCAGCGGCGGCAAGCAGUUCGUCAUCGUCAUCAGGGUCUAUAGGGCCGUUCUUUGCGGUUAUCUCGAUUCUCACAUUUCUUGCAAUAGUUUCUUGCGUGGUGGGAAGAAUUUGUGUCCGACGUCGGACGGCAGCGCCAGUUACACCGUUGGAUACUAUCAAGCAUGGAGGCUGCUUGGGAUGGUUGAAGCGAAAGUGUCAACAUUGCAUGGCUGGUGAGGUGGAGGUGGGAGCCAAGGUCAUGUCUUUUGGGGAAGAAACAAAUAACCACGCCCAUCACCCUCAAGUUUGA